AUGGAGUCGCAGCAAACACGUCUCAUUGAAGCACUCCGAAAGCUUCACCGCCAUGUAAAACAACCAAUCGAGGAGGAGGACAUGCAGGAAAUCUUGCAGACAGCAAGAUCAUGCGGCUUUGACUUUGAAGGCGUACAGGACAUCCAGUACAAUGCCCCCGAAAGCAACACCCCUCGAGCCGGGCACGAUAAUAUAGAACCUUCUGGGAGCAGAGCUACGAUUGGAUUCAAUGAUAACAAGGAUGCCGAUGGGAACAACAGGGACAGCGCUAUGAGUUUGGCCACAGGGCUUGACUGCCUCGGGAAGAGAAAGAGGGCGGAAUUUGGACAACUUCUGAACACGGCUAUCACUCCAGGUAGUGAGGUGGCCGUCGUUGCAAAUGUUGGAAAUAGCUCACCAGAUACGAACGGAGGCUCAAAUCUGGCACACGAAUCAGAAACGUCACCCUUGAAACGCCAGAAGGCCGCCGCUCCUACAGAAAUGGUCGAUGAUUACUGGGGACUUGACAGCUACUUCGACCAGGUCACAACUCCGUACAAUCCAUCCAAGCCGCCGACAAUACUUGGCACGGCGGACUCGAACCCAACGUCUGAUGCAAACUUACUAAAUGUGUCCAACGCCCUGCGACAGCCAUGGGAAAUGCCAGCUUCGUCCUGGAACGAUCUAUCCCAGUCACUGACCACCACCGAUGAUGAUCCUACCUUUGAGAUUAAUGGAACCACAAGCGCAUAUCCAAUUGGGGAAUCGACGGAGGCAUUAUCAACUUUCGAGGCACAACAUGAUUGGGGGUCAACAAUGUGGUGGGAUCCUUCAUUGCUCUUUGACACAAGGCUUGAAAACUCGGAGCUUGAUGGUGAUGAUCUGCCUACAUCAUCUCUCAAUUUGUCCCACGAGGUCAACGAGGGGUCCUUCUGA